AGUUUGAUAAAGGCCUGUUCAGUUGUUGCGAACCUGCGUUCAGACAUCAGUAAAUAUCAGUAUUUAAUUGAUACUCAAGUAAAAGCUUUCCAAUCAUGGGCACGUCUGACGCGACCAAGAUUUUUGCUCUGCUUUGUGUUUUUCUUCUCUGUGGGACUUCGCCCUCACUUCAGACAGAGAAACACUCCCUGUAUUACAUUUACACGGCCUUGUCCCAACCUGUCAAUCAGCCGGGCAUCUAUCAGUUCACUGCUAUGGGUCUGCUGGAUGACAGACAGAUUGACUAUUACAAUAGUGAUGGACAGAGAAAGAUUCCCAAACAGCAGUGGAUGAAAGAGAAAAUGCAGGAGGAUUACUGGGAAAAAGGCACCCAGUCAAGAAAGAGCAAAGAACAGUGGUUUAAUGUGAACGUCGACAUUCUGAUGAAACGUAUGAGACACAAUGAGACAGAUGUUCAUGUUCUUCAGUGGAGACAUGGUUGUGAAAUUGAGAUACAUGGAAGUGAAGUGAAUUUUUCCAAAGGCAUUGAUGAGUACAGCUACGAUGGAGAGAACUUCCUAUCUUUUGAUGAUAAGGAGUCUCAGUGGGUCGCUCCUGUUGAUGCAGCUGUUCCAACCAAGAGAAAGUGGGAUAAAGUGCCCAUCCUAAACCAGUACACCAAGGGCUACCUGGAGAAAGAGUGUGUGGACUGGCUUAACAAAUUCAGAGACUAUGAAGAUGAGGAGCUCAGAAAGGGCUCUCCUCCAAAAGUUAAUGUGUUUGCAAAAAGUUCUACUAAGGACAAAAGCAAGCUGAAACUCACCUGUCUGGCCACUGGCUUCUACCCCAAAGAUGUGAUGUUGACCAUAAGGAAAUAUCGCACAUCCCUGCCUGAAGAUGAGAUUGAAUCCUCAGGAGUCAGACCAAACCAUGAUGAAACCUUCCAGCUGAGGAAGAGUGUGGUUAUCAAGGAGGAUGAAAAAGCAGAAUAUGAUUGUUUUGUGUUUCACAGAACCCUCAAAGGACCAAUUAUCAUCACAUGGGAUGGGAAAUGCACAGACUGCAACAAAGGCUCUACCUCUAUUCCCACUGGACCUGUGAUUGGAGCUAUAGUUAUAAUAGCUAUAAUAGUUCUUGUUGCAGCACUCGGCUUUUACCUUUAUAAGACUAAAAGACUCGUUAUCCCAUGGAGUAAUACCAAUGGAGCAGCACAAAGGAAUCAUGCUAAUGGAGUAACUCAAAAUCUUCUCCCAGGGGAGAAUUAUAGCAAUGGACAUGCACAAACAGCAGCCAAUGGACAUGCACAAACAGCAGCCAGUGGACAUGCACAAACAGCAGCCAGUGGACAUGCACAAACAGCAGCCAAUGGAGGAAGCAGUGGAACGGAAGCCAUCGUCUAACUGUAAAAUAGCAUAUGAAGCAGGAAAAGUAGUGACUGAAGAUGGAGAUGGCCUUUCUGAUUUUUUUCUUACUUUCAUCAUAUCUACCAUGUGCUUUGCUUUCCUGAAUUCUUUAAGUGUGUAAGAUCUGGUCAGAGUCAGACAUAGGUAACUUAAACUGAGAGCAGGGUUCGUACAAGGUGUUUAAAGUGCUUGAAUUUGACUUUUUGAAAUUUAAGUCCUGGAAAACCCUUGAAAACAGCCAUAUUUUUGAGAAGGUACUUG